AUGGCCGACUCUGUCCAGCCUCUCCCAAACAACAACGCCAACAUGAACCUGCCUGCUGCGACAACCGACGCUCAGGCCGAAGCGGAUCGCACCGCCUUUUGUCCUGUCUGCUUUCGCCGCUUCAAAACUGUCAACGCGCGCAACUCCCACCUCACGAGCACCACCGGCAUCCCGGUCUGCGAGCGGGCCGCCCUCGCUAACAAUCUUCCGCUGCCACUGGGUAAUGCCUACGAACGGGUGAAGCUCAAGAAUGCGAUUGACACACACCGGCUGCGCUGCCUCGCGCCGAAAUGGGCCACGCUUUAUCCAAAGGAGGUCAAGAAAUUCCGGUUGAUGCCUGUUGGACGCGCCGACCCCGACAAGCGCGGUAGGAUACCGGAGGGGCUGGCGGUGCAUUUUGGCAUUGCUGUUGGAGCUCGCUUUUCAGUUGCCACCCAGUUUCCUCCACAUCCAGUGCUAACAGUCCAACAUCCAUAUAUCUCAGGACCCCCUCCUCCAAACGCCGCUUAUCACCAACCACCUCCAAAUCCUGUCGUUCACUCCCACCAAGCAGCUCAUUCCCUGAACGCGCAAGCUCAGCAUGCAUAUUGGCAGCAGCAACAACCGGCCUUUGAUUAUGGCAUGAACGCUGGCCCAAGUCACUCGAAUGCGACUUUGCCUCUGUCGCAACCCUCCCCGGCUCCGAUGGCGCCGCCAUCGUCAUUAUUAGACGGUUUGAAUGCCACCAAAAUGCGGCCGAAAUUCACAGCACCCCUACAUCCAACCCUAACCCUUCCAACGCCGCCCUAUAGUCUGCCAACUACGCCUGCACCAACUUUAACUGCACUGCAACCCCCUCCCGCUCCUGCAUCGUUAUCCAGCGCCUUGGAUGUCUCCCAAAUGCGCCCACGGCACCCCGGCCCGUCGCUUCCAGCACCCGCCACGCCAAAUUUAAACCCCGUAACACCGAUGGACUGGCGAAUUACGAUGGACCCCGAUGUCCAGGUGCCAGAGAACGUCGCAGACGCAAUCCCGGGAAAAUGGCUUCCCAUCCACGACGCCAUAUUGGACUCGCUCCUCGAUAACAUCGCGCUUGUCCAGUGCAAAGGCGUGCGUGACGUCAUUCUCGCGCGGGACACAGUGCCACAGCUGCUCUUCGUCACCGCGUUGCCGCACGAAACUCGCGCGCUGCUUGACGAGGCUGAGCGUGAGGCGACAGGCUUGAUUUCACCGCCCCCAGACACCACCGACUCGGGCUUCUCAUCGAACGACCUGGAUCCGUUGCGGGCUGCAUUAAGGGAGGCAUUCAGCGGGGAUAGCAUGCCUUGGCUAUCAGAAAUAUGUGCAAGUAUACUUAAUGAGUGA